AUAAAUAGUUGCUCAGGUAAAUCUAAUAAUGUUGUAUUAAUCACGACUUUUUCAAAGAUAGACUAUAGUCUUACCUCUUUUUUAAACUUCAGGCAUUAAUUAUUUCAUCAUAUAAUAAUGAUUUCAACCAAAAUUUUAAUUGCUGUUUUGGCUGUAACUGUUGCCAUAGUCUAUGCCCAAGAAAAAUGGUCAACCAAAUACGAAAAUCAGAUUCAUGAGAUUUCCAAGCAAAUGAAAGAAUCUGGUACCAACUCUGAACUCACUGCACAGGCCAAAAAAAGUAUGACUAAUUUCCAUGAACAUUUCAAGUCUGAUUUAACUGCAUACUAUGAUAAACUCGCAAAAAACCCUGAAGCCUCUAACGAUUUAAAAAUUUCUGUCGGCCAAUGGAAAAAGAAGGUAGAUGAGUACGUAAUAAAUUUUCCUGAUACCAUGACUGAUGAAGUUGUUGCUGGAAAAUUUGUUGAUAUAUUGAAUUACAUUAUUCAUCAAUCCGAAGAAGUUUUUCCUAAAGCUCAAGGAAAAUCUGCACCAGAAGAAGAAACUAAAGCUUUUAUCGGUAGUAUUCUGGACAAAUUGGUCGACUGUUAUAAAUCUUUACAGACAACAGUAAAAGCUUAAGUCGUAAGAAAGUGGAUAAUGACAGUUUCAAGAUUAAGGAAAUGCAAACAGUACAACAUCAAUUAUAAUAAUUAUAUUAUAAAAUAAAUAAAUAUGUAUGUAAAUUUUAUAUUUAAUAUAAUAAAAACCUGAAAAUAAAAAAAAAUUUCAUUUUAAA